UUUCCCGCCGGCCGUGCGUCUUGCGCCGCAAUCAUGGUGGACGUGAUGGAGUUGCCCAAGUCGCGCAUCAAUGCCAGCCUGCUAGCUCAGUUCAUCGAUCGGCCCGUCUGCUUCGUAGGGAAGCUGGAAAAGAUUCAUCCCACUGGAAAAAUGUUUAUUCUUUCAGAUGGAGAAGGAAAAAAUGUAACCAUUGAGUUGAUGGAAGCUCUUGAUGAAGAAAUCUCUGGAAUCGUGGAAGUAGUGGGAAGAGUAACAGCCAAGGCAACCAUUAUGUGUGCAUCUUAUGUCCAGUUUAAAGAAGAAAACCAUCCUUUUGAUCUUGGACUUUACAACGAAGCUGUGAAAAUUAUCCAUGAGUUCCCUCAGUUUUUUCCUUUGGGGGUUAUGCCAUAUAAUUGAUCUUGAGGAAUGUUUUAUGAUUACAAAUGGGCUACAUUGAAGACUAUUAAAGGAGGCCCCUGAUAUUUGAGAGAGAGAUUUCUGUGGUUUUUAAUAUUUAAUUUGUUCUUUUUUUAAUUUCAUUUAGCUAACUUUAUUAAAUAUUCCAAUAUGCCAUUUUUGAUGGAACUGGUAUAUUGACAGUUCUCACCUAAGUCUUCAUGAAGAAUCGCUUCUCCAGUGUAUGGUCAGAUCAGAUGUAAGAACAAAGCAGUUGUCUGAGUUUUGUUUUCUGUUUUAUUAAUAAAAGUUUAAAUGGUA